UUCUCAGUUGUCAAUGUCAUUCGACUGCUUAAAGGUCCUUGUCGCACUAUAAUAUCAAUAUUAUUAUUAUUCAAUAUAAAAACCUAAAUUAAUAUUAUAAAAUCGCUUUGAAGUACACGAAAAAACAUUUCAGUAAAGGAAGCUAAGAAAAUGAUGCGCUUACGUGCUACCUUUAGCUCUAUAAAAAAGAUUCAAACAUGUCGUUUUAUGAGUGGUACAACUCAGGGUUUUGAUACAACUUACAUGGAAAUUCCUGUCUACAAUGUUGACAAACCACAAACACUGGAAAAGAGAAAAGCUAGGCUACAUUACCAGUCUCGUAAAAGGGGAAUGUUGGAAAACGAUCUUUUGUUAAGCACCUUUGCGAAGAAAUACCUGGACGGAUUCUCGGAGCAACAAACCAUGAUGUACGACCGUCUCAUCAACUCGCCAAGUAAUGAUUGGGACAUUUACUAUUGGAUUGUCCAGAAGAAGCCUACUCCAGAAGAAUUUGACAAUGAGAUAAUGAAUCUUCUUAAGAAACAUGCCAAGAAUGAAGAUCGCGUUAUGCUUUCACAACCCGAUUUGCACUAAAUUCAACACUUAUCAUUAUGAUUUGGUUAUUAGUCAGAAGAAAGUAUUAUUUUAUUAUAACAAAAAAUUAAAUUAAAUAUCAAAGGUAUUAGAAAAUGAGUGUUAUAUUUAUUAGCUUUAGACUGGAUUUAUAACCGAUGUUGUAUUAAUAUAAAUGAUGAAAGAAAAA